AUGAAACCUCCCAAAGGUCUCGCAAUAGCUUCGGGUAAGGACACUGAUUUUGAGCAUUGUAAGCCCGCCUCCAUGGACUAUGGGGCGAAAUUAAGAAAGGAUGAUGGAGAUAGUCUUCCAGAUUCCUCCGAUUAUAGAAAAAUCAUUGGAAAACUGUUGUAUCUCUCAAACACAAGGCCGGAUAUAAGCUUUGCAGUUGGCAAGCUCAGCCAAUUUUUGGAUUGUCCCACAACUAAUCACUUAAAAGCGGCACAUAGGAUCCUCAUGUACAUAAAGAACUCUUCGGCAGCGGGGUUGUUCUUCUUGGCUAACUUUGAUCGAUCUCUCAUUGGAUUCUUUGAUUCUGCCUGGGCUGGAUGCCUCGACUCGUAA